GACAACUGAUGUAACACAAGGAAAGUUCCCGAUUAGCCAAAGGUCGUGUUAGCUUGACAGCUCCCGAGAGCCGCGUCUGAAUUUUAAUCUGCCCGAAAAGCAACACUUUUUACCAACUGUUAUAACGAUGCCGAGAGGAAGCAGAAGCAGGUCGUCCAGGAUGGCCCCUCCAGCCAGGCGGUCACCACCACCUUCACCACCACCCAUGGCCAGGGCUGCACCUCCUCCCUCCCAUGCUCCAGUUCCAAUGCAGGCUCCUGCCUCGGCUGUGGGCGCACCAGCAGCACCCAGGCAGCCGGGUAUGUUUGCCCAGAUGGCGACUACAGCUGCGGGUGUGGCAGUGGGCUCUGCAGUGGGACACACCAUCGGCCACGCAAUGACUGGAGGCUUCGGUGGAGGAGAGUCCGCCAAGCCUGACGUCACAUACCAGGAGCCGCAGCCGCAGCAGCCGCAGUACCAGCAGCAGUACCAGCAGCAGCCACAGUACCAGUACCAGCAGCAGCCACAGUCCAUGUACCAGCAGCAGCCUCCUCAGCAGGAGCAGCAGGCCUGCUCCUUCGAACUAAAACAGUUUGUCGAGUGCGCCCAAAACCAGAGCGACUUCAAACUGUGUGAGGGCUUCAGUGAAGUGCUCAAGCAGUGCAAGUUCUCCAAUGGUUUGUCAUAAGGCUGAGACAAAUACCUGGAGAGAGAAGUACACGCACAAACUGCAAUAAGUAACCAUACUGGAUACUUCCUGGUGUAAUUCCCAAAAGAUUAAUAAACAUGCUUUAUUUAGACAGUUGAUCAUCAGAAAAGUGUUUCUUUCUCAGGAGACUGCUGCAGACCUUGUUAUCAUAGUCGUAUAAAUAAUGUUCAUUUGUUUUGUGUUGCAGUGUUUUGAGUUGAUUUCAUUAGUCAUUGUUUUUCUUCUGCUUCAGUGCUUUUAAUUUAAAAUUCCUCCAGUAUCGACAUUAUAAGGUGAACUGCAUUACUUGUUGAUAAAUUGUGAAUUCACAUCUCUCUCUGUAGAUGUCCACUGUAAUAAAGCACUUAGACCAUGAA